CCGCUCCCCGGCGCCAUGGCGGAACAGCCCGACGAGGGGGCCCCGCCGGCCCCGGCCCCGCCGGCCGCCGCUCCCCCCGCCGCCCUGCCCCUCUCGGCCGCGCCCGGCGGCUCCCAGCGCCUGCUCUUCUCGCACGACCUUGUGUCGGGCCGCUACCGCGGCUCGGUGCGGUUCGGCCUGGUGCGGCUCAUCCACGGCGAGGACUCGGAGGAGGACUCGGAGGAGGGCGGGCGCGGGGCCGCGGCCGGCGGGGCCGCCAGCUCGGGCGGCUCCGAGUCGGGGGGCCCCGGCGGCGGCGGCGGCGAGGAGGGCCGAGCCAGCCCGCUGCGGCGGGGCUACGUGCGGGUGCAGUGGUACCCGGAGGGCAUCAAGCAGCACGUCAAGGAGACCAAGCUGAAGCUUGAAGAUCGCUCUGUGGUCCCUCGAGAUGUGGUCAGACACAUGAGCUCCAGCGACAGUCAAUGUGGAACUGUAAUUGAUGUCAAUAUAGAGUGUGCUGUGAAGCUGGUAGGAACCAACUGCAUCCUUUACCCUGUCAACAGCAAAGACCUGCAACAUAUCUGGCCUUUCAUGUAUGGUGACUACAUAGCCUAUGACUGCUGGCUGGGCAAGGUGUAUGAUUUGAAGAACCAGGUCAUCCUCAAGCUGUCCAAUGGAGCCAGGUGUUCCAUGAGCACAGAAGAUGGAGCCAAGCUGUAUGACGUCUGUCCUCACGUCAGUGACUCGGGUCUCUUCUUUGAUGAUUCAUAUGGCUUUUAUCCUGGGCAAGUCCUCAUCGGGCCUUCCAAAGUCUUCUCCAGCGUGCAGUGGCUCUCGGGUGUGAAGCCUGUUCUGAGCACAAAGAGCAAGUUCAGAGUGGUGGUGGAAGAGGUACAGGUGGUAGAGCUAAAGGUCACUUGGAUCACUAAAAGCUUCUGUCCUGGAGGUACUGACAGUGUGAGCCCUCCUCCUUCCAUAAUCAGCCAGGAUAAGCUGUCCAGGGUAAAGCGUCUGGGGUGCUUUGACCAUGCCCAAAGGCAGCUUGGGGAAAGGUGCCUCUAUGUGUUCCCGGACAAAGUGGAACCUGCAAAAAUCACCUGUGAAUGCCCUGAGAGGAACUGUGUGCUGGGUGAAGGAUCAGUUGCCAAAAAGGUGAGGCGGCUGCUGAAGAAGCAGAUAGUGAAGAUCAUGUCUUGCUCCCCGGAGUCUCAGGGCACGACUGAAGCCCCUGACAAAGAAUCUGCUGCAGCUGCUGACCAAAAAUCAGAAGAGCUUAAGCCUGAAUCAAAAUGUGAGCUGGAUGACUCUUCCAACAAUGCACCGAGUCCUGGGGAGGGAAAGGAGGAGCAGCCUGAAGAAACAGGGAAGGAGAAAGGGGGAGCAGCAGCACGACAGCAGCAGCCUCCCUUUCUGCUGAAGGAUGAAGGAUUGUCUGACUACCGGCUGCAGUCCAUGGAGCAGGAUGCUGACGAUGAGGCAGCCGAUGACACUGACGACACGAGCUCUGUCACCUCCUCUGCGAGUUCCACCGCCUCGUCCCAGAGCGGCAGCGGCACUUGCCGCAAGAAAAGCAUCCCCCUUUCCAUCAAAAACUUGAAGAGGAAGCACAAGAAGAAGAAGACCAAGGUUUCACGAGAGUUUAAGCCAGGAGACAGGGUUGCUGUGGAAGUGGUGACCACGAUGACUUCAGCUGACGUGAUGUGGCAGGAUGGCACCGUGGAGACAAACAUCCGCUCCAACGAGCUCAUCCCGGUCCAUCAUCUGGACAACAACGAGUUCUGCCCCGGCGAUUUCGUGGUGGACAAAAGAGGUCAGAGCUCCCAGGACCCCGGGUUAUAUGGAGUGGUGCAGUCUGGGGACCAUAUCGGCCGUACCUGUGUGGUGAAGUGGUUCAAGCUGAAAUCCAGUGGAGAUGAUGUGGAGCUGAUCGGGGAGGAGGAGGAUGUGAGCGUGUAUGACAUUGCUGAUCAUCCGGACUUUCGCUUCCGCACGACUGACAUCGUGAUCCGGAUCGGCAAUUCGGAUGGGGCCACGGCUAAGGAGGACGAGCCUUCCGUUGGACAGGUGGCUCGUGUGGAUGUCAGCAGUAAGGUGGAAGUGGUGUGGGCAGAUAACUCCAAGACUAUCAUUCUGCCUCAGCACUUGUACAACAUCGAAUCAGAAAUUGAGGAGUCAGACUACGAUUCUGUGGACGGCAGCACCAGCGGGGCAUCCUCGGAGUGGGAGGAUGAGAGUGACAGCUGGGAGACAGACAAUGGCCUCAUGGAUGAUGACCACCCGAAAAUUGAGGACUUUGAGCCUGAGGAGCCAGCAGCAGAGGAGGUGAAAAAAGUAGAGGAGCAAGUCCAGGGAGCUGUGGCUAUGGCAGUUGCAGAUCUUGCUACAGAGAAAGGUGGCAAGGACGGAACCCCAAAGAGCUUCCGGGAGCUAAAGGAGGCCAUCAAGAUCUUGGAAAGCCUGAAAAAUAUGACUGUGGAGCAGCUGCUGACUGGCUCUCCCACCUCCCCAACUGUGGAGCUGGAAAAACCCACUCGGGAGAAGAAGUUCUUGGAUGAUAUUAAAAAGCUGCAGGAAAAUCUCAAGAAGACCUUGGAUAAUGUGGCUAUUGCUGAGGAGGAAAAGAUGGAAGCCAUGGUGGAGACAGAGAAGAAGGAAGAAAAAGCAGAGGCACAGACACCGGUGAGGUCAGAGUGGCCCAGUGAGACACCAGUGCUCUGCCAGCAGAGUGGAGGCAAGCCUGGAGUCACCUUCACCAGUGCCAAGGGAGAAGUGUUCUCUGUGUUGGAGUAUGCUCCAGAUUCCCAUGCCUUCAAGAAAAUGGAGUUCCAGCCCCCAGAAGCAAAGAAGUUCUUCAGCACCGUGCGGAAGGAGAUGGCUCUCCUGGCCACCUCCCUGCCCGAUGGCAUCAUGGUUAAAACCUUCGAGGAUCGAAUGGAUCUCUUCUCAGCACUUAUCAAAGGGCCCACACGCACGCCCUAUGAAGAUGGACUCUUUCUCUUUGACAUCCAGCUCCCCAACAUUUACCCUGCGGUCCCACCUCUCUUCCGCUACCUCUCCCAGUGCAGUGGGAGACUGAAUCCCAACCUGUAUGACAAUGGCAAAGUGUGUGUCAGCCUCCUGGGGACGUGGAUAGGCAAGGGGACAGAAAGGUGGACCAGUAAAUCCAGUCUCCUUCAAGUACUCAUCUCCAUCCAAGGUCUCAUCCUGGUGAACGAGCCCUACUACAACGAGGCGGGCUUUGACAGCGACCGGGGGCUGCAGGAGGGCUACGAGAACAGCCGCUGCUACAACGAGAUGACGCUGAUCCGGGUGGUGCAGUCCAUGAUGCAGCUGCUGCGCCGGCCCGUGGAGGUCUUUGAGCACGAGAUCCGGGAGCACUUCCGCUGCCACGGCUGGCGCCUGGUGUCCCGCAUCGAGUCCUGGCUGGAGACAAACGAGCUGGUGGAGCGCAGCCACGAACAGGCCAACGGGGCGUAUUCUGCCUCCCCGCUCCCCGCCGGUGCCGCCCUGGCCGAGAGCCCCGGAGACGCUGCGGGAUCGCUGGCGGGGUACGGCAGCAGCUCGGAGCAGGGGGCGGCCGCUGAACUGUCCGACUCGGCGCUCGAUGGGAAGGAGGAGCUGGACGAGUUGGAGUUCACGACCCCGACGCCCAACGCCGGUGACCUCCAACAGUACUCAGACUCGGAGAGCACAGGCCAAGCCAGGGGGGACCUGGCCAGAGACCGAACGGACGAGGGGAAGGCUGCCCAGGACUCUGCUGCGCAGCCCAGCGUGAAACCAAAGAAACGGAGAAAGAGCUACAGGAGUUUCCUGCCGGAGAAGAGCGGUUACCCUGAUAUUGGGUUCCCCCUCUUCCCUUUGUCCAAGGGGUUCAUUAAAAGCAUCCGCGGUGUCUUGCAGCAGUACCGGGCUGCCUUAGCAGGGGCCAACAUCCCAGAGUGGACAGAGGACAAAUAAACCAUCAGGAUAGGGACAGGCAGGUGCAGGGGAGAAGGGAAAGCAGCAGAAAGUAAAUUGGCAAAUGCUGUUACCAAUCAACUGGCUUCUCCUUCCAGCUUUUCUUCCUCAGCUUGGUUUGUUCCAAAGAAGGUGGUAGGCCUGAUUGCUCCUCUGAGGAAAGGUUUGUCUAAGCAUGAAUAACUCUUUGCCCCCAGCCCCUUUUCCUUCCCCCUGUCCCAUGUACGUGCUCUUCUUGCAAGUUUGACCCUGCAAUGGUAAGAUUUGAGACCUGCACAGAAGCAGUCUUGCAGCCACAUUCCCUCUGCACUUUCAUCUUGGGGCACCUUUCCACACAAGGACUCUUCCCACCCAGUGCUACACCCAGCAGUUUUUUCUGGUGGGGUUCCAGCCAGAAGAAGGGAUUGCUGUAGUUUCUGGAAAUUAAGGGCAAUGCCCUCCCAGUCUUUCAUUUUUCUCGGCGUUCCCAUGGGUUCUAUGAAGUCUACCCCAGCUUAUCUGUACUUAGACAUUGGAUUGUGUUGCAUUGGCGUUGUCUACACCAUACAGAGUUGCUCUAGUCUUAGUUGUUCACUGAUAGCUACAAGGUUCUUCCAGUUGGGAUUGGUAGGGAGGGCCAGAGCUCUGCACUGGCUCUCAUGCUGCCCUGGUAGUGCUGCGGGGUUUCCAUCCAGUUCUGCAACUUCCAGUCGUUCUUCUGGAAGCAAGUCUAGCCAUCCCCACUUCUUUUUCUCCAGAGUAAGGCAAACUUCCCUUUUCCCCACCAUGCAUGCCUGUCUUCUAGAAAUACAUGGGAUUCAGGGUUCUGCCCUCGUUUCUUGCUUAGGUAUCCACAUCUUACGUUCCCAGCCAUCCCGGCUGUCACACAGCACUACACCCACCCUGGAUCCCAGCCUCAUCCGGGCAGGCAGCAGCAAGCGAUCCUGUUGUAGAUCUGGCAGGAGUCUGGAUGGACCUGGCAUGGCUGCUGCUCCCUCAUCCAGCUGUGCAGGGGUGUUCUGGAGCGGUUUGAGCCAAGGGAAGGAGCUGCCGUGUCGUGGUGAGGCCCUGUUGCAGCAGCAGCAGUUUGUGGCGGUUCCUGUGCUGUUACAUCAGACACUGGUGUGGGCUGUUAUCAGCUCCUUCCCUCGCCAGCUGUUUCCUGUGGUGGGUCAGCUCUGCUCAGCAGUGUUGUGGGCACAGCACCUCCUGUCCCUAAUCCCAACCACAGCACUGCUGGAAGCUCUGGGAAACAGCUGGUGAGGGCAGGCAGUGCCUCAGCAGCCUGAGCUGGUGACCGUGAGCACUUUUUGAAGCAGUGACUUGCCAGAGUCCCAUGGUCAAGACACCUUCCCGAGGCCUCUGGUCCUGUCUGCACACACUUACCUUCGCUUCUAGAGCUGAGGUCACACUCCAACACUACUGCCUUUGCCCAGUGUUCAGGCAUUGGAGAGGCACCCAUUUAGCAUCCAUGUGGAGCACAAUCUGUCAGGGAGAGUCCGUUGGUCCUUCCAGCUGCACAGGGAGACAGUGGUGCCAGGCUUCCUGGGGACCAGUCGGGCUGAGCAGAUGGCUCUGCCAGAAGUAAGGAUGGAGCCAAAGCUCUCCUUUGCUCUUGCUCAGUAUGGCUGUUGCCUCCUCCCCUCACCCCAGGCCAGGGUCUGGCCUCAGUUAGAAACAAGGAACAGCAGGAGAAUGCCGCAUGCUGGCAUGGUGCUUUCUGCUCCCUCAAACACCAAGGGCUGCACCCACCAGCCCAAAUCCCCCCACCCAGCUCUCUGCUCUUUCCAGCUGCCCCCCGAUGCCCCAGGGGUGGCUGCAGAAAGCCCUUCCAGUGUCCCCAUCCACACUGCUGGGAUUUUGGAAGGCACAGGCUGCUCCCGGUGCUCUGGAGGACACAGGGCUUGGCUGUGAGUGCAGACCUGGGCUGAGCUCUCUCCAGGUCCCGUCUGUGGGUGGAUCGCCUGUGGGCAGGCUCUGGCCCUGCUCUGGCACUGGGAGCUCUCCCUGCCUGGCAGGUGGGAGGUCUGGCAGACCCAGCUUUGGGGUGCAGAGGUGCUGAGAGCCCUGGGCAGGGCAGUGUGAGCUGCAGCCACGGCCACGUUCUGCAAUGAAUGGAUCCCUUUGAGCAGAGCACGGGAGCAUCUCCAGAGUGUCGGGGCCGAGGGGUGAGGCUGCUGCUCCAGGGCAGGGGAAGGGCAGGCAGAGAGGCUGGUUCCACAAAUGAUUAAACCUCUUCCAGGCAAAACCACGGUUGGUGAUCCACAGACACUACCUCCUCUGUCCCCAGUGCCAGGCUGUGGCUGCCCUGAGCCCCCACCGGACAGGGAGGGAGGGAGAAACCCUCUGGGGGUGAAGGAGCUGUAGGGUUCCACUGUGCCCCCCCUUUACUCUCUGCACCUCUCAUCUCACAGGGCAGGGGCUGGGCAGGCAGCGUGUCCUCCCCCUCGCCCGAAAAGUCUCUGAUCCUUGUCAAGAGCUUUUGCACAGGCUGCUGGGGCUCCCUCCGAGGAGGUGUGUGAGGCCUUCUGGACUGGGAUGCUGCUCCCCCCGGCAUCGCUCGCUCUCUGCAGCUGUCCCAAACCCAAGCGUGCACAGAGGUUUACAAAUUUUCUAAAGCUUUUGAUAAUGUGAAGCUCCUGGGUGAUGAGGUUGGUGGUGAGCACACUGCAGCUAUGUAAUUUUUUUGUGUAUGUAUGUAAUAUUUAAGGGUAACAAAAUUUAAAAGGCUAAAACCUUAAAAAAAAAAAAUUUAAAAACACACAAAAAAAGCCAAAGCAUGAUGCAUAUUGUUAGCCUUAAAACUGGCUACACGACUGUGUGAUGUACAAAUGAGAGCAGCCUGUAACUGUUUUAAGUGCUGGGGUUGGGGAAGAAGCAUUACAAAAUCAGUUUGUAGCCUUGAUUCUGUACAGUAUUUAAUGAAUUAAAAAAAACCCAGACCUGACUAUUGAGGCCAUGCUUAGAGGUGUGUCGUUCACGUGCAGAUGUGGAUGCUUGGUUGCUUACGAUAUAUGUAUAAAGUGCUGUGUGACCAUUAAAACUUUUUUUACCUGCAGAUUUUUUUUGUUUGGCUAACCAAGGUGUAAUAAAGGAGGGAAGAUGACUUGCCAUUAAAUUUUGCCUCUGUGAGUA